AAAUCACCUCAGGCACACAUCACUCUCUAGCAAUUACUAGUCUAAUUAUCAAAGUAUCAUUUACCAAUAUUUCUCUAUCGCAAUGUCUGGUCUACCAUCAUAUGCGUAUCCCGGAGCUGGCGAAUGGGCUCGUGAGACGAUGCAUUACAGCCAGGCCAUCCGUGUAGGAAACAGCAUAUUUAUCUCUGGUCAGGGUGGCUGGGAUCGUACCAGCAUUUCGCUCAAGCAAGAUACCCUAGAAGAAGUAGAUCAAGCUUUCGACAACGUCGACUACACGUUGAAGCAUGCCGGAGGUAAGGGCUGGUCUCAGGUAUAUCGUGUGGUUACAUACAGCACGGAUAUUAAGGCCACACACGACCGUAUCGUCGAGAACUUCAAGCGCUGGAUGCCGAACCAUCAGCCGGUGUGGACGGAAAUCGGCGUCAAGCAGCUCGGUAUGGAUACGAUGCACAUCGAGAUCGAAGUCCAGGCUUAUGACAAGGAGGGUGCUGCUGAAGCACGGAAGGGUCGCGCUUAGAGGUGUUGGUCGAGCUCGGGGGAAAGCAAUAUAUAAGUGUUUGUAAAUUAUUGAAACUCUACUUAUCCGCACUUCACUAGUUGCGCCCACGAAGUCCAAGAGAAUAUACGACACUUGGUUUGCGUGGGAGCAAGGGCAUCCUUAUAAAAGAUAUACGUACGACUUUGAAGAGAUGAAUAAUGUGAAGUCUAUAGAAAAC